GGAGGAGGAGCGAACCGGGCUUGAGGGGCGGCAGCACAGUCUCCGGGAUCCCCAGGCCUGGAGGGGGGUCUGCGCGCGGCCGGCUGGCUCUGCCCCGCGUCCGGUCCCGAGCGGGCCUCCCUCGGGCCAGCCCGAUGUGACCGCGCCCAGCGGAGCCUGAGCAAGGAGCGGGUCCGUCGCGGAGCCGGAGGGCGGGAGGAACAUGACAUCGCGGAGAUGGUUUCACCCAAAUAUCACCGGUGUGGAGGCAGAAAACCUCCUGUUGACAAGAGGAGUCGAUGGCAGUUUUUUGGCGAGGCCUAGUAAGAGUAACCCUGGAGACUUCACACUUUCCGUUAGAAGAAAUGGAGCAGUCACCCACAUCAAGAUUCAGAACACUGGCGAUUACUAUGACUUAUAUGGAGGGGAGAAGUUUGCCACUUUGGCUGAGUUGGUCCAGUAUUACAUGGAACACCAUGGGCAAUUAAAAGAGAAGAAUGGAGAUGUUAUUGAGCUCAAAUAUCCUCUGAACUGUGCAGAUCCUACCUCUGAAAGGUGGUUUCACGGACACCUCUCUGGCAAAGAAGCAGAGAAACUACUAACUGAGAAAGGAAAACAUGGCAGCUUUCUUGUACGAGAGAGCCAGAGCCACCCUGGAGAUUUUGUUCUCUCUGUCCGAACCGGCGAUGACAAAGGGGAUUGUAGCGACGGCAAGUCCAAAGUGACCCACGUCAUGAUCCGCUGUCAGGAACUGAAAUACGAUGUUGGUGGAGGAGAACGGUUUGACUCUUUGACAGACCUCGUGGAGCAUUACAAGAAGAAUCCCAUGGUGGAGACAUUGGGCACGGUGCUCCAGCUCAAACAGCCCCUCAACACAACUCGUAUCAAUGCUGCUGAAAUAGAAAGCCGGGUUCGAGAACUAAGCAAAUUAGCUGAGACCACAGACAAAGUCAAACAAGGCUUUUGGGAAGAAUUUGAGACACUACAGCAGCAGGAGUGCAAGCUUCUCUAUAGCCGAAAAGAAGGUCAGAGGCAAGAAAAUAAGAACAAAAAUAGAUAUAAAAACAUCCUACCAUUUGAUCACACCAGAGUUGUCCUACACGAUGGUGAUCCCAAUGAGCCAGUCUCAGAUUACAUCAACGCAAAUAUUAUCAUGCCUGAAUUUGAAACCAAGUGCAACAAUUCCAAGCCCAAGAAGAGUUACAUUGCCACACAAGGCUGCCUGCAAAACACAGUUAAUGACUUCUGGCGGAUGGUGUUUCAAGAGAACUCCCGAGUGAUUGUCAUGACAACGAAAGAAGUGGAGCGAGGAAAGAGUAAAUGUGUCAAAUACUGGCCUGACGAGUAUGCGCUGAAAGAAUACGGGGUCAUGCGCGUUAGGAACGUCAAAGAGAGUGCCGCUCACGACUACACAUUAAGAGAACUUAAACUUUCGAAGGUUGGACAAGCUCUACUCCAGGGGAAUACGGAGAGAACCGUCUGGCAAUACCACUUUCGGACCUGGCCAGACCAUGGAGUGCCCAGUGACCCCGGGGGCGUGCUGGACUUCCUGGAGGAGGUGCACCACAAGCAGGAGGGCAUCAUGGACGCAGGGCCGGUGGUGGUUCACUGCAGUGCUGGAAUCGGCCGGACAGGGACCUUCAUUGUGAUUGAUAUCCUGAUCGACAUCAUCAGAGAGAAAGGUGUGGACUGUGACAUCGACGUUCCCAAGACCAUUCAGAUGGUGCGGUCUCAGAGGUCAGGGAUGGUCCAGACAGAAGCACAGUACCGAUUCAUCUACAUGGCCGUCCAGCAUUACAUCGAAACACUACAGCGCAGGAUUGAAGAAGAGCAGAAAAGCAAGAGGAAAGGGCACGAAUAUACCAAUAUCAAGUAUUCCCUAACAGACCAGACAAGCGGAGAUCAGAGUCCCCUCCCACCUUGCACGCCAACACCAUCCUGUGCCGAAAUGAGAGAAGACAAUGCCAGAGUCUAUGAAAAUGUGGGGCUGAUGCAGCAGCAGAAGAGCUUCAGAUGAGAAGACCCACUAGGACUUCAGCACAGAAAUCGAUGUGAACUUUCACCUUCUCCUUAAAAAGAUCAAGAGCAGAUGCAAGAAAGUUUAUGUGAAGAAUGAAUUUGCAAAGCUUGCGUGGUUGUUGACUACCUUUUUGAUAAGCGACAUUUGAAACCAUUCAAGACCACUGUACUCUAACUCAACAAUACCUGGUUUCCAGUUACUUGUUUCCUCAGAUUAGAAGAAAUCAUCUCUACAAUGUAGACAAUGUUACAUUUUAAAGACUUUCAUUUUACAUUGAAGAAGUUAAACUGUGCUCUAUAUUUUGCAGAUCAUGGUGAUUCAAAUUCUACUAAGGGUAUUUUUGUUUUUAUAACCUUAACAAAUUUAAUAUUUUUUCUCAUUGGGGAUGAUGGAGCUCUUGUAAGAGGGAAAAAUGAUUUGGGAAAAUUAUGCAACAGCAUCCUAUAGAAGUGAGAAUAGUUUCACUUAUUAUCGCUUAUCUAGUCAUGGAUAAUUCAUUUUGCUGUUCUCCUUUUUUUCUUGGCUAAAUGAUAAUUAAGCCAGUUCCCUGGGCUGUCAGAAGUUGACUGUCUACCUUUGCAUUGCCAUUAGAAUAUCAUGGGAAAAGAAGUGGACACAGGAAUUAGGAUAAAAGGUGUAUUUUCUUCUCAGAUGAUCAAGUACUAUUCAGCCUAUUGACUGAGAAGGUGGUGGGAAAGCCUUCACCGUGUUUUCUUUUCAUUUGAAUCAUUGUCUUUAGGAAAAACUGCAUCUAUGGAUAACCAGUGUUUUGGUGAUCAGUUGUUGGUGACAGACCACUCCAUAACUUAGUGGCUUAAAACAACUUUUCUUUUUGGUCCUCACUGUGCUUCAGUCUGGACUGGGCCCUGCUGAGCUGUUCCUCCACACACCUUGCUGGUGUCACCCGUGUGGUUGGCAGGUUUUCUGCCGCCUGGACGUCUGGACCUCUCUCUGCAUGCAGUCCCAGGAUAGCUGGAUUUCUCACAUGGCAUCCCAGAGCUCCCUACAGUGCAAAAGCAGCCAGGACUUCUAAGACUUAAACCCAGAAUGGUGGCAGCCUCUCUCCUGCCCCCAUUGAGUAAAGCAGGUCACAGCGCAGCCCAAACUUGGGAAGAGGGGACAUGGGGCAUGAAGUGGAGGUGAGGCUCAUUGGGGGACCCCAGUGUGACAGCCUGUCAGCACCGGCGCUACGGAAAAGCAACUACAGUUGGUAGAGGUAGGAGCUGCUGGUGACUCGGGGCGGCCUGGGCUGCCUCUGACCGCCGGGUGAGCUCCAAGUCAGCCCGAGAAUAGAGGGCCCCCCGGAAGCAUGCUGCACCCGCACCGCCAGCUCUGAGCAUAUUUUUGAACCAUCCCUUGGGAAAACGGGUCUUGGAAGGAUGGAUGGGUGUGUGUGGCAGAGCAUUUAGAAGCAGAGCCAUCCCAGUGCCGCGACUUCUGGAGAGUUCUUUCUGCUGCUGGGCCAGGCAGGCUUCUGCGCACCCAUGCAGUCGGGCUGUGGGGCGUGAGGCCCACCGAGGCCGCUGAUCAGGUCGAGUUGGCAGUAGCUCAUUUUUGUUUUAACCAAGCGGUAAGAUUUGCUAAUGUUCUACCUUAAGUGCCUUCUCCAAAGACAUCCUUCUUUGCCCUGUGUGUGGAGUCAUCAUCCAGCGAGUGUAUCUCAGUGAAGGUAACAUUGGUUGACUUGGUAAAGAUAACUAAAUGCAACGGCCCCUCUGCCGUUAAGUCAUGUUCUCCUUACUCGGAUUCUUCUUGCUUUGACUCCUGGUGGAAGGAUUAGAUGUGGGCCUGGUGGUAGUUCCCUCCCGAGGUCUUCACCUGCCUCGAAACCCUGAGGCAGUUUGGGGAGAGCAGUUGCCCCUUUCACGAGCAAAAUGUGCAUCGAUCCCUCCUCUUCCUCCCCCACCCCCCAUAUCCAUGGAAGUUAGAAUUGCUUCGGAUCACAGGUGUGGCUGAAGGUAUUAUCUUAUAAGCGGAAUGUAAGUGACUACUGUCUUCUCGUCAAGCCUGUAAAGAGAUUUCAGUUCAGUGUUUGCAAAGAGCAUCUCAAAUCUGUUCUUUUUAUUGCAUCGUCACAUUAUAUGGGUCUGUCUGCCUUGAUUUUGUAAUACUGUUUUGACUCUGUACUUUGGGGGCAAAGUCUUUCACCAGCAUCCAGGGGUUUGAUUGUACAGAUCUAUCUGCUGCAUUAAUGUCUCUGCCUGUAGCGUAAGAUGAGUUGCUCUUGCACUUGCAGCAGAAGCGCCUGAUCUUGACUCGCUUGCUUUGUUAAAGCACAUUGAUUCCAUUUUGAUACCCCUCCACAAAGUCAGCAAACUGUCAUGUUAUGUGAACUAAAUACCAAGACAAGAUUCUAACAGUCCUUAGGUUGCUGAAGUUUGGCGUGUGUUUGCUAAAAGGUGAUUGCAGGUUCUCAGACGAGAUUACUUUAUACUGAUGGAAUCAGGCUGAGGGACAGUGAAGAUGGGGUGAGCUUGAGGUGCGUAUUUCAAAAAACAGUGGAAAUGAAAGUUCUAAAGAGGUGGUUUCUGAGGAAGUCAAAGGGUCCAGGGCCAGAGCAGUCUGAUAGUUGAAUCAGUUUUCCUGGAAGGUAGGUGUGAGAGACACACACACAUAUACACCUGCUUCUGGGCUUGCUGGUAGACAUAGAAUUUGCACAAUACCCAUAACUGGUGAAUAUUUUGAAAUUAUAAUCAUGGGAUUUUAUAUUUGGGGUAGAGAAAUUACGUGGCAUGCAGCGUUGGGAUUUUUGUAAAAAGUCGAAUUUCAGAGUCCUAAUAAAUUUUUUUAAAAAAAUGACAAGGCACCUCCUAACCAGUGUGUGGCCCUCCUGAAAAUUGGGGUCAUCGCUCCCGUUGAAAUCAAUGACUUUUCAAAGAUAGCAAAACAAGCAGGAGAAAAGAUCUGUACUACUUUCUUGGCAUCUGUGCAUCCUGCACGGAGCCAGUGGCUUUGGAACAGCCAAGAAUUCAUUGAGAUUAUUUUUUAGGGGUUAUCUUGCUGGGGAUUUUAAGAAAUAAUAGAAAGUCCUGGGUCAUUUCUAGUUCAGGGGAAUGUGGAAAAGGUAAGCAAUUGUGCAGUGUUUUGUUGUAGAUUUUUAAUCCAUAAGGGAAACUUAGACUGUAGACUUAAGUACAAAUCCAGUGCAGGUUUUGAUUUCUGUAUGUUGUUGGGGGAAUAAAGUUUUAUAUAGCAAGCACAUGGCCUCCCUGAUUUCACAAUGCCUUUAUUAUGAUCUGUGUUAGCCCUUCAUGGUGUUGAAAUCUUUUCCCCUCUUCCUCUUGAAAAGUAAGUUCCAAAAUAUAGUUUAUUGUAUCUUCCAUCAUGGUUCCUUUUUCACUACGGGCAGUUCAUACUAGGCAAAAAUAUUAAACAGUUGGUUUUAGUGUGUUGUAUAACUUUACUGUAUAUCAAACUAAUUUUUACAAGUUUUCAUCCUAAACCUCAAAUCAUGUAAUUAAUAAUUUGCCUGUUUAUUUAUGACCUAAUUGUGAUUCUUUUAUUAAUAAAAGCUAAUGGAAAAGGAUCCUUUAUUAAGCGGAUGACUAGACCUACAUUUAAUUUUCCUGCAGUAUAUGAAGUAUUGUACCAGAGUAUUAAAAGAUAUGUAAUAUUUUAUUGAUAAAUCUAUCCUUUAAAAGGAAUACGUUUUAGGAUGUCAUCGUUUUGAUGUGAAUCGUGUAAAUGUUGAUAAUAUGCACUGUUUAUUAUACAUUUAGUGUCUCAAGAGAUUCCUUUAAUUGCCUUUUUUGCCCACGUGUAUUACGUAGUCUAUUUGCAGUUGUUUUUUAAAAAUGACAUUAAAAGAAUAGUUUAUGUAGAGAAGCAUUAGUGGAUGUUAAUUGUCUCCCCACCUGUAUUUAUGGGUGUUAGUUCAACUGCUUUGCUAGGUGCAAAGCUGUAUUAUCAGAGUAAAAGUGUAUUUGUAAACUGUAUGGGAACUAAAAAUUAGGAAUAAAAUCAUUUUCUUAUAU